AUGUGGAAUUCCACACCAGUAGGAUGCAAUACUUCACUAACGCGUUCGUCAACCAGUCGAGAACCUUAUCGUACCAUAACAUUAACCUUACUACGUAUUUAUCCGAUUUUAUUCAUCUUUGUUGGUACAGUGGGCAAUUUACUUUCCGUGUAUGUAGUUCUGCGUUCAAAACUUCGACGUCAUUCGACGUUUAUUUAUCUCGCCUUUCUAUCUAUUGUUGAUCUGAUUGUUUUAUAUACAUUUUGUGUUAAUUUCAUCUUACAUGCAUGGUUCAAUAUCGAUCUCCAGCAAGUCUCGUUGAUUGCAUGUAAAAUCUUCUCAUUUUCGAUCUAUUUCUUUCCACAAGCGAGCGCAUGGAUACUGACGGCGGUAUCCAUCGAUCGCGUCUGCGCUCUAACACGUGGGAUACGCAAGACACGAAAUAUCCGCUUAACUUAUUUUAUAUUACUUGUCAUUUUUCUCAUUCUGUUUUUGCUCAAUGUGCAAUUCUUAUUCUAUAAUAACACAUAUAAAAACGCGCAAAGCAUUGCCGACUCUCCGUCAACGUCUUCGUUCUAUCCGAUUGUUGAUACCGAUAUGGACAUAAAUAUCGUUCACUGUUCAUCAGAAAAUAGUGAUCAAUACAAAGAAUUCUAUAUAAAUAUUUGGGUUUAUAUCGAUGCUAUCGUUAAUGUUUAUCUGCCGUUUAUUUUAAUGUUUCUCUGUUCAGCAAUUAUAUUCAUCAGCGUUCUUCGAACGAUGGGUAAUGCAAACAACUCCAACAAACGUCUCGUCGCCAGGAGUCUAAGUACGAUGCUUCUCUCUAUCAAUACCAUGUUUGUUUUGUUAACUGGUCCAAUUGUGAUUUAUCUUAUGUUUGAAAAACAAACGUUCUCAUCGGGUUCGUACCAAUGUGAUGUGCGAGCCAAAGCCAAAUAUAAGAUGAUUAAAUUAUGUUUUAUUAUCUUGAUGAAUGCUAAUCAUACAGGUAAUAUCCUUGUUUAUUGUUUAACGGGUACAGAAUUUCGCACGCAACUGCUCUACGUCAUUGGUAAACAUAAUAAAUUACAGCAAAAUAAUUUCUUGAAAUAUCGUACAGGUACUUUGAAUAAAGAUAGUGCAUCGCCAACAUCGAGAACGUCAAGUCGGAAGCAAUACUACUGCAGUCCACCGACUGUGAGGCUUAAGAAAAUCUGUGACAAUGUCGAAGACAAUCAGCUAGUAUGCAAAUGUUCGCCGCGUAACGAACGAAGAUCUCAUGUGUUGAAAAGCAAACAACAAACGCAAUCGUCGACAACGACAAGUAUUUAA